AUGCAGCCGCCGCCGCAGCUGCCGGCGGCUUUGCCGGUAGGGUUCCGCUUCCGCCCGACGGACGAGGAGCUGGUGCGGCACUACCUCAAGCCCAAGAUCGCGGGUCGCGCGCACGCGGACCUGCUCCUCAUCCCCGAUGUCGACCUCUCGGCGUGCGAGCCCUGGGAGCUGCCCGCCAAGGCCCUCAUCAGGUCCGACGACCCCGAGUGGUUCUUCUUCGCGCCCCUCGACCGCAAGUACCCCGGCGGCCACCGCUCCAACCGCUCCACCGCUGCCGGGUACUGGAAGGCCACGGGCAAGGACCGCCUCAUCCGCUCGCGCCCAGCAGGCACCCUCAUCGGCGUCAAGAAGACGCUCGUCUUCCACAGAGGCAGGGCGCCCCGAGGCCACCGCACCGCCUGGAUCAUGCACGAGUACCGCACGGCCGAGCCCCAGCUCCAGCAAGGCCAAAACGUUUGUUUUGCUCCUGCUACCCAUUUCCCCCAUUUGACUACUGCUGCCCCCAGGCUGAUUACAAUCAUUUCUUGUUUCUUUCUACUCUAUCACCAGGGUAGCUUCGUGCUCUACCGCCUAUUCAACAAGAACGAGGAGGAAUCCGAAGCCUCAGACGCCGCCGAUUCACCGUCCACAUCGUCUCCGGCCAUCGCACCAGCGGUGAAAGCUGAGAAUUUGAGCCAGCCGGCUUCUGCCCAAAUGUCUCAUCUUCUUGCAACUGACAGUAGCAAUGAGCCAACAUUCAACCAGGGAGACGAUCAUCUUCUGGAUGUGUUAGCCCAGCUUCCAGACCUACAACCUGAGCAUACAUUCGAUGGAUUCCCUACAAUCACCUCUCCGAUGCGUCCUUACACUGAUCAUCCUUUUCUUGGCAAUGCUGGCGAGCAAGAUCUUUCAGCGUAUAUAGAUAGUAUCAUUGCUCAUCAGGAUCUGGAAGACUUGUUGGCCAGCCCUUCUUUGGCUGACAUGGUUGAGCAGGCCACUGUAAAUGUUGAGCCCCACCUUACUUCUCUACCCGUUCUAGACAACAGCUCAAACAGCAAGAGAUUGGCUGAAAAUGGCCGUGGAAAAGUUGGUUCUGAAACGUUGCUCCUAAUCAAGGCUGAUAAAGACAAUGCUAAUCAUCACACAGGAGCUCAGAGUAACUUGUCUUCCAAUGCAUCAGCUCAAGUGUCCCACUUUGACAACCAAUAUCAACUUCAAUCGGCAUUCAUUCCUGAAACGGAACCACCAAAUAGUGGAGCCUUGUGCUCUGCAGCCUCCUCGACUCCUUAUCCCCAGCACUUGUUCAAUGGUAUGGUAGCACCGGCUAGGAUUGACAUUUCAGAUUCAGAUAUCUUUAAUGGACUCCAAGGAUGGGCAGCGGAACCUUCUACGGAUCCACACCAAGGGAAUGCACCAAGAAGGAUCCGCCUUGUGCACUCUAUUCAGAGGGCAUCAGUCACUGAGCCUGUACUAACUUCUCAUUUGGAGGGUGAAGAUGAAGCAGGAUUAUGUUAUAGCACAGGCAGUUCAUCCACCAACAAUAACGAGGAUUAUGCCAAUGUGUUCUCCCAAUCUAUGGUUCGACUCUACCUUCCCAUUACUCCAUUUACUGACGCUAGUAUUAACUGGAUUAAUAUGGUCUUGAUCAGGCUGGAGAAGCAAUGCAUAUUCAAGGUGGAGGGGUGA